AUGAUCACUUUUCAGGCUCUCUCUAUGAGUCGCGAAUGUCAUUUGGAGGCCUUUAACCUUGGUGAUAGCCUCAACGAUGGGCCAAAGUUCUGCCGAUCUCAUUACCAACUACUCGGUUUGACAAAGCUGUCAACUGUCGAGGUCCCUGGCAGAACGUGGUUUCCAUGUUAUGUUUCAGGCCCCUUUGUUGACGUACAACGCACACGCAGCGUCUAUCACUGCAAUUUUGCAGAGAUCUUCAUAACAGCACAUGCUUUUAGGACAUCGAAUCGUCAACCGAAGAAGGCAGGACCCUGGCUGUGCAUUCUCUUUGGCGUCUUGGAAGGAUUGUCUGUACCGCUUGUCUCCACACAUCGGACGAGUGAUGCCUGGCGCAUGGGAAAACCGGGUCCUCGUAUGCGCGUUUGCGAUGUAUCUCGAAUGGUAGACAUAUUGACUCGCGUGGGGUUUGGACGGGAGAUUAAGACUCAUAAUGGAAACUCCACCCCAGGACAGAUUGGAUUUUACUCGAUUCAAUCGAUUAAAUCGAGCAUCAACCUUUCAGUUUUUUUUGGUGUUGUUGUGACAGCGCACGGGAGGCGGGAGUGCCAAGCCGAUAACAUCGCCGAUAACAUCGCCGAUAACAUCGCCGAUAACAUCGCCGAUAACAUCGCCGAUUCACCGGGCCGGAAAAUUCUGCAAAUUCGGCCCCACACCGAGAAACCAAGUUUCUUGUACUUGGAGUGGAUCGAGAUCCUGGAAGCAACUGCAAAAGAACGCAGGGCCUCUCUGCCCGCCUGGGAUGAUAGAGAACCUGAGGAGAAAGAUGGAGGAGGGGCGUCAGUUCGGGUCACAGAACGGUGUGACAUGUUGAGCGAACCUGUGGCUCUGUGGUUCUGCUCCGAGACAAUGGAGCCUUUCCCGUUUUUUCCUGCAAUAUCUGGACCACUGGCAACUCAAAGCACACAAGAAUCAUUAUCCGCGCGGGCGCACAUCGGCCCUUCGUCGCUACAAAACGUCAGGCGGGAUUGGCUGCAGUACCUUAGUUUCCGCGAUAGGGGGCUGAGCUGGGUCGCUCAACUUCUUGAAAAUGACGUCGUUUCUGAGGGAUGGUGGCGCCGCUACACCGGAAAGCUGCCGAGCUACUGGUGGAAAGUCUUUUACAAUACGUCCUUGACGCGAAUGCUUGGCCAUGCAUUCGUAAUCAAGAAGUCCCUUGCUAGAUGUAUCCAACUCUUGUUCUCAUCAACCAGGAUAAUCGGGUGCCGCCUGUGA